UGUCAUAAAUUGGGGACGGGGACUCUGCGGCGAGCCCAAAAUUGUGUUUUAAAAUAACAUAAAAAUAUUAUAAAACCAUGUCUUACAAAACAGAUUUGAAGCAAUUAAUAAAACCAUAUUACUGGUUUAACAUUCUGUUAAGUUUAUCUUACGUUACGUGUAAGCGUACGGGUUAUAUUUGUAACUUUUUAUUUCCAAGUGCCGACUGUGAGCUAGACAGCCGAGAAACGGAAAUCCUAUUUUUCUUGAUUAUAGUCGUUAUGUUAAGGACUAGGAAGGCGGGAAGCGUGACCAUGGUGAAUUAUCUUUCGUCUUCUUUCGUUUAUACGAAGAUUGCUAACUUAAUUCUAUGGUUUUAUGCUGAUAUUAGAUACGGUCUACCAUAUGGAGCCAUCCUCAUCCUUUCCGCCCUUCUACUCCCGGAACCAACAUAUAUGGGCCCAGAACACGUCACCUACUUCCGAGGCCCCCAAGUCCUAGAAGACGAGCUCAAACACCACAAGAAUACUACGUGGAUAGUCUGCCUGUAUGCGGCUUGGCAUCCAGCUUGUGUUAACUUUGCACCGGUGUUUGCGGAGCUGUCGGCGAGUUACGGGCUGGAUAACUUGAAGUUUGGGAAGCUUGACGUUGGAAGGUACCCAGAAUCAGCCACAAAGUACCGAGUACAGGACGGUCCGACCAGCAGACAGCUACCCACCGUGCUAGUCCUAGCAGACGGACAGGAGAAGAUGAGGAGGCCACAGGCUGACCACACUGGGAAGCUGCAGAAAUUCCUUUUCUCAAAAGACAACGUAAAAGCAGCAUUUGACCUCGACGGCAUUUAUCAAGAAUGCAAGAAGAAACUGGCCAACGCUAAGAACGUUAAAAAAGAUGAGUAGUACAAUAUAACGGUAGGAUAAUAGUUAUUUAUUGUAGUAGACACCUUAGAGCAUAUGACCAACUGGAGACGCCAAUGCCGUUAGACGUGUGAGAAUAAGGGUCCGUUCAAACAGACCGGCUCGGAGAGCAUCGGCGCGCAUUAUUCUUUUCACACAGACCGGAGCCGAUCGGCUGCGCGAGCAUUAAAGAGCAUGCAAUCGGUGCUGAACGUCAAGAAAAAGUACGCGACCGGAGCCGGUCGGCUCCUCUUAUUAUUUCACACAGAGCGCCUUCGAGCAUUCUUAAUGACAAAAGCAGUGCACAUCUACAAAAAUACUAAGUACUCGAUUUUCAACGUGUUAAGAAUUUGCUUAUACCUAUGACCAGCGGAGAUGUCAUAACACAAUAUCUCCUAAGAAAGUAGCGCGACAACAUGCGGGGCGAGGGGGACGAACGUUAAUGGCUCCGCCCAUUAUUCAAACUCGGCUGCAAGACAGCACUUUUGGAAAGUCAAGAAUUUACAAAAGACAGUCCUCAAAACGCCCGCCCUUCAACACUUCCUAUGUGUUUUUGCUGGGAAGAAUUGGCGCAACGAACUCCCCAGCAACACAUGUCUGUCCGAAAGUUAGAAGGACCUUAAACAUUGUUUGAUAUAUAAAUUUGUAUACAAUCACCAAUCAAUCAAGACCAAUCUCUGACAGAUUGGUUUUGAUUCGCCAAGGAACCCGAACGCCUCGUUAGUUGUAGUAAGUGAUCCCGGCUACCGCACGUUGCUUGACCUACAAGAAGGCGCCUGACCUACCUGCCUUAUGGCAUCUCUGCUAUCUUUCCUUCAUCCGAAUGUAUGAUUGAGCUGUCACUAUUUCUUUGCCUCGCAUUGAGACUUGGCGGUUCCAGUUGGUUCAAUGCUCUAAGCGUAGAAUUUAUAUUUAGGUAGAAAGCAACACCGCUGUUUUAUUUUACAAAUAAUUUACAGACAGCUGCAUUAAAUAUUAUAAAGGCGCGUACGCACGUACGAACACGAACAUAGCGAACACAAACACCAGACCCGAACAUUUGGUUCGUACGUAUGGACGGCAUAUUCGAACACGAACGCAAACAUAGUUCGAGUCGAGUUCGCGAACAACAGUCGUGAACUCUAUCUUAGUAGGUAGCCAUGACGCCGUUGGAAGUGCUCGAUUGUGAAGUCAUUAAAGUGCUUCGAACACCGUCCAUACAGAACACACUACAAGGAUCGCCGCGAACAUGUUUGACGAACAGAGUGUUCGAUGUUCGAUAGUGGUACGCACGUGCGAACCAAGUUGUUGCAUAUCAUGUAACGCAACAAAUUUGUUCGUGCGUGCGUACGCGGCUUAAGAGAGAAAUAUAAAUAAGGUUUUUCUACUUAUGGGGUGUAUCGUACCUAAUCAAAUUAAAUGCGUUAAUAUACCGGUUAAUACACGUUGAUUAGCACAAAGAAAAAGAAAUUAUUUUUUCAAACAAAGUAAAUAGGAUAAAAAUGUGCGAGAAUUAGAACAUCAUAUAAGAUUCAGUCAUUACAAACAACGGAAAAUCUCCCUUGAAAACUGACAAGCUGUCAACUGGUCAAAACAUUCGAUACUCCUAACUUUAUCGCUGCUUUACACAUGAUGUUGUAAAUUAUGAAAACGAAAAAUGACUCCUGUGGUUAAACCACUGAAUGGAUUAGGUUAUUUUUUUUACAAUUCGCCAUAGAAUAUCAUAAAGUAUAUGCGAUAGGAUUUAAUGUGAUUAGGUACGACACACCCGAUAUACUCAUUCAUAUUUUAUUUAAUAUUAUAUUGUCUUUGUUUUUCUAAUUUAAGAUUUGUGUGUUAAAUGUACCAAACAAAUUAUUUAUUAAGUUAAAAGAUGAAGGAUCUGAUAAUAAUAGUCAAUUUUUAACUAACAUUUAAAUUUAGCAUUUUUCACAAAUACAAGCUGUUGAUUUGCAUCCGUGCCAUAUUCAAGGACGUAAUUAUGCUAUUGAUUCUAAACCCAAAUGAACAAACAAAUUGGUACGUAAUUUUUUCGGAAAUCCGUCAAUGUCACCUAGCCGUAUUUAAACUCGUCGUGUGUGUUACUGGCCUUAAAACCGUGCUGCGCCCUCACACAAACACAAAGCAUACGCAACGAUCAUGAAAUUGGGUUACUUCUGAAAUACUACGACAUUACAAUGACAAAAAAAGCAGCGCAUAUUAGCUAUUUCUUAUCUACUGUAAUUCCAAUCGAUUAUUUACGUAUUUUAUGUCCUCCUCCUGAAAUAUUGCACAAAUGCAAACCAACACCGACAAGUUUGCAAUAUACAUAGUUUUUCUUUUAUUUAUACAUGUUUUUUUAAGAGUAAGCCUUAUAGGUUUUUAGGUAGCUAAAAAUGAAGUAUUUUAUGUGUUCAAAUCAGUGUAACUAGUCUGUAAAUAAAAUUAUGACACGCUUUUA